AGCUUCGGCCGCGCGUCCAGAGGCGGCGGCAGAGGCUCCAGCGGCGACCGAGCGCUCCAGCCCGGGCUGGGAGACACGAUGCGCCGAGUCCUCCGGCUGCUCCUCGGCUGCUUCCUCACCGAGCUGUGCGCCCGCAUGUGCCGGGCGCAGGAGCGAGCUGGGCACGGGCAGCUGGCGCAACUGGGCGGCGUGCUGCUGCUCACGGGGGGCAACCGCUCCGGGGCCGCCUCCGGAGAGGCCGGCGAGGGAGUCGGAAGCUCGGACGCGCCACCGACUCGGGCGCCCACGCCGGACUCCUGUCGGGGCUACUUCGAUGUCAUGGGCCAGUGGGACCCGCCGUUCAACUGCAGCUCGGGCGACUUCAUCUUCUGCUGCGGGACUUGUGGCUUCCGGUUCUGCUGCACGUUUAAGAAGCGGCGGCUGAACCAGAGCACCUGUACCAACUACGACACGCCGCUCUGGCUCAACACCGGCAAGCCCCCAGCGCGUAAGGACGACCCCCUGCACGACCCCACCAAGGACAAGACCAACCUGAUCGUCUACAUCAUCUGCGGGGUGGUGGCUGUCAUGGUGCUUGUGGGCAUCUUCACCAAGCUGGGGCUGGAGAAAGCGCACCGUCCCCAAAGGGAACACAUGUCCAGGGCCCUUGCGGAUGUCAUGAGGCCACAGGGCCACUGCAGCCCUGGCCACACGGAGAGAGAUCUUAACAUUGUCGUCCACGUGCAGCACUAUGAGAACGUGGACACACGAGCCCCCGUAAAUAACCUCCAUACCACCCAGAUGAACAACGCAGUGCCCACUUCUCCUCUUCUCCAGCAGAUGGGGCACCCACAUUCAUACCCCAACCUGGGCCAGAUUUCUAAUCCGUAUGAACAGCAGCCUCCGGGCAAAGAGCUCAACAAGUAUGCCUCCUUAAAGGCAGUAGGAAAUUCUGAUGGUGACUGGGCAGUGGCGACACUUAAGUCGCCAAAAGCUGACAAGGUUAGUGACGACUUCUACACCAAGCGAAGGCAUCUGGCGGAGCUGGCUGCCAAGGGCAAUCUCCCUUUGCACCCUGUAAGAGUGGAAGAUGAGCCCCGGGCCUUCAGCCCAGAGCAUGGGCCUACCCAGCAGAAUGGACAGAAGUCUCGCACCAACAAGAUGCCCCCUCAUCCCCUGGCCUACAACUCUACCGCCAACUUUAAGACCUGGGACCCCAGUGACCAGUCUCUGCGGCGGCAGGCUUAUGGCAACAAGGGCAAGCUUGGCAUAGCAGAAUCGGGCUCUUGCGACCCCUUGGGGACUCGCACCCAGCACUUCCCACCCACACAGCCAUACUUCAUCACUAACAGCAAAACAGAAGUGACUGUCUGAGCUUUCACUUCAGGUAGUACCUGGAGACCAUACUCAACUGAGAGAGGCAAAAAAUACCAUCCCAUCUGUACUUUCUUGGCCCUGUCCAACCCCCAGCAGAUACACACACUCUGUUCUACAGGAACCAACCACAGACAUACUUGUGAUAUGGAAUCAUGCUUUUCCUGGGUCAUGCCUAAUAUGCUCCCACAGGCAGCUGAGCAAAUGAAGCAUGGACAUUCAGCAAUACAGCAGAGGGAAACUUUCAGCUUCAGGCCCAAAUUGUGGGGGCUCAUUUUCCUUUUCUCCCUAACCGGAAACUGAAAUCCAUUAUAACAAAUAUAUAUAAGUAGCACAAUUUAGACAAACUGCCCAUGGAGAGUACUCUGUACCCUAUGUUAUGUCUUUCCAAAUAAAUGGAAGAGGGUGGGAACACAGGCAGGGGUGGCUGCAGGGUGCUUGGGAAGAAAUUUGCUCAUGUCACAAGCAUUUCCUAAUCCCAAAAAGUGAUGCUGACAAAAAAUAGUGAUGAGUGUGAGGCAGUAGUGGACCUGAAGCAGUACACUGAUGAAACAUUGCAUACCAUCAAAGCUGAAAGCAAAGCAAAAAAAAAAAAAAAUAAAAAUAAAAAAAUCACAAAGUAAAUAUUCUCUAAGACCACCAUCAGUGAUGGGAAGGAAAGAACAUUCUAGAGAACUCCCUGAAAAACCACGAUGUUGGGAGGGAUGGGCUUUUAUAAUGGCCAGAGGGUCCAGAGAAUAAUAAAAAAAAUGAACUUUUAAAUUUUUAAACACAUCAAGUGAACAGUAUAUUAAUUUUGUCCAGGGCUUAGGAAAUCUGCAGAUGGAGAGUUAACAGGAGGUGAGAUGGGGACUGAGAAGCCUCCACUUCCUGGUCAUCUCCAAGACCUGGAACAAUGACAAAAAUGUUCUCUAUGAACUGUCUGUCCCCAGCGUCCUUUCCUCUUCAGCGUCUUGCUGCCGCUGCUGCCAAACUUCAGCUGCUUUGGAGUGAAAAUCUCAUAAGCGUGGGUGGUGCCUUCAGUGUUGCCGUUGUUCAAGUGAUGGUCUUGUUUCCCAAGUGCAUACUCUUGUUCUUUAGCCUCUCUCCCUCCUGUUUCUUCUGCAGUAGCGAUGUUCCAUCUUUCCUUUGUAGGUGAGCCCAGGCAAUUAACACCCUUCGAAGGGGCUGCUACAAUGUCAGGGGUACCUAAGAACACUCUCAGAUUUCCCUCCCGCCAGAUUACCUUCGGAGGUAUUCUGUACCAUCCUUUCUUACCUGGACUCUUCCAAAGUUGCUCUAUAGAUUGGUUCCUACAGCCAACAGCCAUUGGGUCCCAACAAGGAAAGGUCCUACUAAAAGUUCUUCCUUUAGUGGAAGAACAGACAGGUGCAUGGAGAGGAGGGAUUUUGUUUAAAGAAGAAAGUCUUUGACUAGCCCUUGAAGCUCUUAGCUAAUCCACAGGAACCUUCUAAAAACUCAUAGAUUUCUUUGGUAAAAAUCCGGGUGAAAAAAAGCUGGAGCAUUUCAUAUAAUUUUCUGCCUCCUGGGUCUCCCCAACAUCACAGCGUCAGCAUUCCAGAUAUUAUUCUCCAUGUUUCAAGCGACUAUGAAGAACCUGGCAAUGGAUUUAAUCUCUCUGGAGCUGUCUCCCAUCUGAAGCAUGGGAAAUUUGGCCUAAGUCAAGCCUUUUCAGUUUUUUAAAGACAGUACUCUGUUCAUAUUACAGAGGAAAUUGGCAACGAUUAAACUUUAUAAGAUUCCCAUAUAAGAAAAGGUGCAGAGAAACACAAUACAGGCGUCAGAGUAAAUGUUGAGACCACAGCACUCCCAUAGGGUAGUGCAAACUACUGGCAUGCACAUCUCACUUUGACAUGAGUUAGCUAUCCCCUAGCAACACAUUAACAUCCCAGGAUUACCAUGACACUGAAUCCAUUCACAGUGAAUCCAUCUAAAUGGAUUCACUUUUAAUCCAUCUUAUUUAAAAAGGGAAACAUCCGGUCCUCAUCACAUACAGAACACCAGCGUCCAUUGCCAUGAAUAGACAGUAAGCAUCAAGGAAAACAUAAAGGCCUCAAAGACAAAACUCUAGUGAAGGUCUAGCCUGUUCUCUUCUUUCCCUUAAAGACAUUACUGUAGUUAAAGAUACUGGUACCCAAGAGGGUUUCUCCUCGGAAUAAUUAGCAAAGGAGAAAGCAGAUGUUAAAAAACAAAACAAAACAUUGUGUCCCAUGUCCAUAAGCUACCUCCACAAUGUACAAUUUGAACGUACUAGUGCCAUACAGCCGUACUUCAAGAAAUACUGGGUUGAUUUACUUGAGAGAUUCUUUCCAGGUCAAGUUCUGCAACCCUUUUCCUCCUUCUAGAUCAUAUUUUUCCUCCAUUCCCUUCAUCUCCUCAUUAUGUAACUCCAAUUUAAAGGUCUUUCUUGAUUCCUAGUCUAUAUUAUCCUAUUUCUUACUCAUUCUUUUUUUUUUUUUUUUUUAAGUAAACAUCUUCCAGUGAGCUUGGCUCCUUGGUCUGCAAGUGUAAUUUUGACUUCGAAAAUACAGUUCAACGACCAACAUGUACAUAUACUUCCCAGGCGUGGGCAGCUCACACAGUGCUUGUCUUAUUACUUCCUAUAUGACUUUGAGAGAUGAACUGAAGGGGACAAUCAGUAGGGAAGGUCUGUUUAGUCUUUGGCUUCCUCUUGGAAAGGUAGAUAAACCUUAUGAUACUGAAAAAAAACAUGAGCGAUAGAAUAAUUGAUGGCUGUCAUGUAGCAAGGCUCCUGUAACCAGUGUAGGGAGAAAUAAAAGAGAAAAAUAAGAUUAUAAUAUUGUUCUUGCCUCUUUCUAUGUGACCGCCAAUUUCUAACCCCAUGGGACCAGAACAUGGCUUCCUUCACCUUUCUGGAGUGUCUCAGCCUCCAUCUGCCUUGGGCUCUGCCUGGAAUUCCCAUCUAACUUCCCCCAGUUUUUUUGUGUGUAAAUGGAGCAUAUUUUAUGUGCAAAUAUUUUAGUAACCGUAUGUUCUGCAAGUAAACCUGUGUUAACACUUGUCACACUGCAGAGUUUAUGAUACAAUAACACUUCCUACAAUGAAGAAAAAAAAACCAUUUGUUUGUUUUCUAAGAAUGUUUAUUUGUAAACAUAUGUAUUCACUAUAUUAAUAUGAAUUUCUUACCUGGCAAUAAACUGAUUA